GUUUUGUGAAGCCGGCACCAUGAAUAAUGACGAGGUCCACAUGUUGACUUCCACAGACUUGAUCAGUGAGAUACCUGACGAUUCCGAAUCGUUGCAUGAGCUGCUGGCCGUGCGCGAGCCCACAGUGCCCACGCAUAUUGACCACGCCAACUUGGGAACCCUGGCUGAGGUGGAUCGUACGUUCAAAUCCAAGGUGCAGGCCAUGGGGGGCCAACGCUCGUGGCAUGCUAUUUCGCUCACCGAAGUGUGCCGGGACAAGUCAGAAAGCAUAAACUGGCGCUCGUCGAACAUCGGGUUUAUCGAAAUCACAGCCCUGUCGGUGUAUGUGUCGUUCACGAAUCGCAACCUCAUGUCUCUGAAUUUAUCGGGCAACCAAAUUGGACCCGUCGGUUGCGCCACGUUAGGAAAAGCACUAUUGACCAACAACUCGUUGGAAGUGCUGGACUUGAGUUCAUGUGACCUGACCGGGAGCCCAUUCCGUCCAAGCUACGAAGGCUUGAUGUCUCUAGUCAAAGGCAUCGAGAGCAAUCGAUCAGUGCUGCUCCACCUCAAUCUUUCCAACAAUGCCCUCCUACCUACAGGCGUACGGCUCAUGUGUACGUCGGUGGCUUUUCACCCGACGUUAACAUCCCUCAACAUUUCCAACAACCAAGCGGGUCUUUUCCGCGAAAAGCAAGGCUAUCUCGGGAUUGCCAACCUCUUGCGAUACUCGUCCCGGCUCAUUUCAUUGGACAUGGCCGACAACCCUCUGCAACGGAAUGCUCGCCCUGCCUUCGUCGCUGCGUUGGCAGCUAAUCAAACCCUCACGACACUCAACGCUGCGAAUUGUGCUUUGGACAACACAGCAUGGCCCCACGAGGUCACGCAGCAAAAGUUCCGUCGUAUCCUUGUUUGA